CGCCCGGGCUCCGCGCCAGGGCGCACACGCUCCGGGCCCCCCACCCGGCCCGGGCGGGAGUUUGCACCUCUCCCUGUCCGGGUACUCGAGCCGCCGCUGCAAAGCCAACUUUGGAAAAAGUUUUUUGGGGGAGUCUUUGGCUUUGAGGUGCCCAGCUCCGCGCUUUCCGACUUCGGGAGCCUUUCCAGAAAAUGUUGCAAAAAAGCUAAGUCGUUGGGCAGAGGAAAACGCCUUUAGCUGGAGAGUGAAGACGAACCAUCGACUGCCGUGCUCUUUUUCCUCCUGGAGGUUGGAGUCCCCUGGGCGCCCCCACACGGCUAGACGCCUCGGCUGGUUCGCGACGCAGCCCCCCGGCCGUGGAUGCUCGCACGGGCUCGGGAUCCGCCCAGGUAGCGGCCUCGGACUCUGGUCCCGCUCCCAGGCCCUCCCCAACCCCCCAACGACGGAGCCCGGGCCGGGGGCGGCGGCGCCCGGGGGCCAUGCGGGUGAGCCGCGGCGGCGGCUGCAGCGGCCUGAGCGCCUGAUCGCCGCAGACCCGAGCAGAGCCCACCUCCCUUCCCAACCCCCGCCCCUCACCCUGGCCGCGGGGGCGGCGCGCUCGGUCCACGCGUCCGGGGCCCCGCGGGGCCGGGCCCGGAGUCGGCAUGAAUCGCUGCUGGGCGCUCUUCCUGUCUCUUUGCUGCUACCUGCGUCUGGUCAGCGCCGAGGGGGACCCCAUUCCCGAGGAGCUCUACGAGAUGCUGAGUGACCACUCGAUCCGCUCCUUUGAUGACCUCCAGCGCCUGCUGCAUGGAGACUCCGUAGAUGAAGACGGGGCUGAAUUGGACCUGAAUUUGACCCGGUCCCAUUCUGGAGGCGAGCUGGAGAGCUUAUCCCGAGGGAGAAGGAGCCUAGGUUUCCCGACAGUCGCUGAGCCAGCCGUGAUCGCUGAGUGCAAGACACGUACUGAGGUGUUCGAGAUCUCCCGGCGCCUCAUAGACCGCACCAACGCCAACUUCCUGGUGUGGCCACCCUGCGUGGAGGUGCAGCGCUGCUCCGGCUGCUGCAACAACCGCAACGUGCAGUGUCGCCCCACCCAGGUGCAGCUGCGGCCCGUCCAGGUGAGAAAGAUCGAGAUCGUGCGGAAGAAGCCAACCUUUAAGAAGGCCACAGUGACCUUGGAGGACCACCUGGCGUGCAAGUGUGAGACGGUGGUGGCACGACCUGUGACCCGAAGCCCGGGAAGUUCCCAGGAGCAGCGAGCCAAGACACCCCAAACUCGGGUGACCAUUCGGACGGUGCGAGUCCGCCGGCCCCCUAAGGGGAAGCACCGGAAGUUCAAGCACGCACAUGACAAGAAGGCACUGAAGGAGACCCUCGGAGCCUAGGGGCAUCGCAGGAGAGUGCGGGCAGGGUUAUUUAAUAUGGUAUUUGCUGUAUUGCCCCCAUGGGGUCCUUGGAGUGAUAAUAUUGUUCCCUUCAUCCGUCUGUCUCGAUGCCUGAUUCGGACGGCCAAUGGUGCUUCCCUCACCCCUCCACGUGUCCGUCCACCCUUCCACCAGCGGGUCUUCCCUCAGCGGCCUCCAGCAUCUUGCCCAAAAGCCCAAGAAGGAAAUGAAGGACCUGGACUCCAUUGCUGUUUUCCUCUUCUGACCUGGAAGAAAUGGGAUAAGAGUGCAAGAGAGACUGAUGGGGUCGCUGUUGGUUGGGGGAAAGGGGCUUCCUUCGCCCGCGCUGUGGACUGGCCCGAAACUCUGCAUGUGGGCCUGAGGGCCUCUCAGCAUGGCCUGCCUGGUCCCUGGACCUUCAGGUAGCUCUGCAGGGAGCACUCCCAGGCAGGCCGGGGUACUCCUGUGGCUGAGACUAUGUGGGGGAGCAGAGACUGGAGAAACCCCCUCCUGCAGUGCCCAGGCCUGGUCAGCUCUCCUUGGUCAUCUCUGCUCACAGUGGCUUCUUUUCAUUUUAUAUAUUUGAAUUCUUUGAAGAUGUGGACUCUUCUGGGUGGGUGUGGCCAGAGCACCAGGCAGCCAAGUGCCCUCUCAGAUGGGUUAGAGAUGAAGUUUGUUCUGGAGGUGGUUGUAGAUGGUGACCUGGGCAUCCACUGCCUCCUGCCACUCCCCCCUUCACUUUUUCCUCUGUUUCAUCUCUCUACCUCCACCCUAUGUUUCCUCCUGUCCUGGCCCUACAGUCUGCUCCACCCAGGGGCUCUUGGACCCCUGAUUGAAGCCUCAGAUAAUCCCAGUCACUAUUCUGUAGGACAGAAGACCAGCAACCAGGGCAGCAGGGGGCCUGCCCAUCAGAUCCCAGCCCAGCCAAGACUGCCAUGUAAGGAUGUACAGGGUGUGCACUGCACAACGGCACUGCAUGCAGGGAUCACAGUUCACACACACCAUAGAUGUGGCCAAUUUGUAUAUUUAUUAUGACAAUUUUCUGGCAUAUGAAGGUUAAGUGUCUUGAGGAAAGAGAUCCUUUUCCUAAUUGACACAAAGGCUCUGUGUGGACUGGCUGGGCCUCUGACCCAACCCAGGACUUGGAGAGGUUGGACAGGAGUGAGCCCUUGGUGGGGGGCAGGGAGACAAUACUUGUCCACGUGGCCUCCAUUUCCCCAAGUCCUCAGCUCAGGCAGUCUCCCUUCCAGACAGGUGCGGAAAAACCCAAGAGAAAGUCUUCAAGGGAGAGAGCAGCCCUUGCCCCGCCCCUGCGUGCUUCCCCCAUCUUAGAUCCUUUUGAGUUCCAUCUCUGGUGGCUCCUCCCAGGAAACCAGCUCUUGGGCUGGGAGUCAGGGAGAAAAGGGAAAAGAUCCCCAGGGCCCCCUAGGGGUGGGGUCUGAGCUCCCACCUCCCUUUCCACCUUCUACUGCACUUUCCCCCCUCCCCCUCUCCAAAAUCUGCUUCCUUCUGUUUGUAAAGUUGGUGAUUAUAUUUUUGGGGGCUUUCCUUUUAUUUUUUAAAUGUAAAAUUUAUUUAUAUUCCGUAUUUAAAGUUGUAAAAAAAAUAACCACAAAACAAAACCAAAUGAAUCCGCCGGAGAUCUGUCUGUUGGCA